AUGGAAUUUUGUCGAUUUUUAAUAUUUAAAAAUGAAUUAAAACAUAUCCAAUCAUUAACAUUAAGUCAAUUGAAACAACUUAUUGAUAUAAUUAAAUUUUUAUAUGAUUCUCAUAUUAUUCAUCGUGAUAUACGUCCACAAAAUUUGAUGUUAGAUUAUGGUGAACAACAUUUAAAAUUAAUUGACUUUGGUUUCGCAUUUAAAUAUGAAAUGUUUGAAACGAAAAAAAAAUUACCAAUUGCGGGAGCAGUUACAUAUGCUAGUUAUGAAUUAUUAACUGUUUAUUCUGAAUCAAUUUCGAAUGAACAAGAUUCAGCAUGUUAUGAUUAUGAACGAACAUUUGAUUUAAAAUGUGCAUUAAAUGUUAUAAUACAUAUGAUUAAUGAAAAUGUUCAAGUUCAGGUGAAUGCUAUUGAACAAUUACCACCUUCUCUUGAAAAAGUAUCGAGAUCGUUUGUAUUGUGGAAAAAUUUGGAACAGAAAAAUCUAAUUUAUUCUAAUUUAUUAUAUUCGAUAAACAAUUUAAGUCAAUUAUCUUCUUUUGAUGAUUUCGAAAAUCAAUUAGACGAACUUUACUGUUUACGAACAAAUAUAAGCAUAUAGUUUAUCAAUUAUAUGUUCAUGUUAUUAGAUAAAAUCGUAUAGAUAGCUAUUUUAUUUUGUUCAUUGUUAUAUCAUUUCAUUUGGAUGUACAUAUAAAAAUUCUAGCUCAAAGCAAAGAAAAAGGAAAUUGUUCCAUUUGUUAACAGGGCAUUUUUUUUUGUUUUCAAUCUAAAAUAUUUGAUAAUUUCUUCAUGUUGUCUUCUAUAGAUUCAUAUGCUGAAUAUCAACAGGUUUGUGAAGAAUUUUUUGACUAUAGAAAUCAUUUUCCUAAAAAUACUUUCUUUUGAAAGUUAUGGAUAAAUUCAACUAUGAACUAUAAUAUUCGAUAUUCAUAUCGAGAUGAUUUCAUAUGUCUAAUUAUAAGAAAAAGUUGAGAUAUAAUUCUAAAUGAAACAUAAUUUCAAAAGAAAUUUAAAUUAAAAGAAGAUAUACAU